UGACCAGCGUCGCAACCAGGCGAUGCACCUCAGAUAGAGCCUUUCUUCAUAAUCUAGUGCACAUCAUAAAACUUUUAGAAGACUUCAGUAUUUGUAUUUACAUCAGAGUGAUUUUUUUUGAAGAAAAUGUAUCUCAUGACAAGGUUUUCAAACGUUUAUCUGAAAACUUACCACAUGUAAAAAGCUUUUUUUUUUAUUGUGACCUACUGAGGGUUUGAGAUCUGUUUUAUUUUUGAAACCAGUUAGUGACAACUCUUUCUGAAAUGAUAAGAGGAAAACCAGACAAACUCGCUUGAUUUGGGUGAAUCUUUCUGCUUGAAGGCACUGACAGCAUCUUUUAAAGCAACAAAGGAGGCAGUCACUGAAGAGGACAUCGAAGGGCAGCCAUCAUGCUUUCACUGGACGAGCCGCUGGACUUGAAGCUACCCUCUGGAAGAACUCGAGGUUCUGUGAUACUGGGAAAGAGGACGUUUCCUUCCUCCGCCUGCGGCCCUCUCAGCGCCUCGCGGCCUCGGCUGCAGUGCACACCGUUUCCCUCCCCUCCCUCCUCACCAGAUUCCCAGUCUUGUCAGGAGCGACCCGGGUCCUGCUUCACCCCCCCAGCCAUGGACCUCAGCCUGUCACCCCACUCUCACCGUGCCCCCUCCCUCUCCCCAUCAUCUUCCUCCCCGUCUUCCCCCUGUCCUUCCUCGCCUCUGGAGUGCCCUCAGGACAGCAGCAGCCCUCAGCCACACCUCUUCUCUCGGGAAGCAGCUCCUCAUCAUCACAGCGCUGAAGGUGGGGCUUCUCAGUGCGGCUAUCCGUUUUACCUCCCCAUCAGGAGCCUGCAGCGGGGCUUCAGCUUUCCCUCCUCCACAAUCAUCAGUCCGCACCGAGAGAAGCCACUCUCCCCUGUGCCCUCCGCAGAUGGUCAGCUGGUCUGCCAAUGGAAGAAGUGUCACYUGCAGUUUGACUCACUGCAGGAUCUGGUCGACCACAUCAACGACUUCCACGUUAAACCAGAAAAAGACUCUGGGUACUGCUGCCAGUGGGAGGGCUGCGCCCGGAACGGGAGAGGCUUCAACGCCAGGUACAAAAUGCUGAUUCACAUCCGAACGCACACAAACGAGAAGCCGCACCACUGUCCCACCUGCAACAAGAGCUUUUCACGGCUGGAGAACCUGAAAAUUCACACGCGCUCACACACAGGUGAAAAGCCCUACAUUUGUCCAUACGAAGGCUGCAGUAAACGCUACUCCAACUCCAGCGACCGCUUCAAGCACACCCGCACCCACUACGUGGACAAGCCUUACUGCUGCAAGAUGGCUGGGUGUUUGAAACGCUACACGGAUCCCAGCUCACUGCGCAAGCACAUCAAGGCCCACGGGCACUUUGUUGCCCAAGAGCAAAGUCCCUCCCCCAGGAUAGGGAUGGGAGUGGGUUUGUCUGGMCACCGCAGUGCGUCUGAGCUGCCCUCUGCAACGGGGGCACAUGUCAUCCUCCCCGGGGCCGCUGCAGCUCUCCUAGCGGGCCUCGGCACGUCGCUGCCGUUCUCUGCUCUCUGCCACAGCAGAGCCCUGGCUCAUCACGGGGCACCCCUGCUUCCUCUGGGUGGAGGAGGGGGCUGCUGCAACUUCGGGCCACUUGGCCUUUCAGACUCCACUCUGCUGCACUUUGGACUCUCAGCUGGAUCAGUGCUGGGGCUGGGAGGCUUGGGAAGUCCGGGGCAGGUACUGAGGAAGGAGCCAGGGGACAGAGAGGAGGAGGAAGAAGGGGAUGAGGGUGAGGCUUUGAACCUGUCUGCAGGGGUGGGACCGCGACAGAGGGAUCCUUUGUCUUGGGUAGUUGUUCCAUCAAAGGCAUUCUUCCUAAAACGUACUGCUGUCAGCUAAGAUAUACAGUCAUUGCAUCUUUUUUUUUCUGUUUGCGUUUGCAGUAAUGUGUUUACAGAGUACACAGAGCAUGUAUGUUUUUGAGAGAUCAAGUCAACUGCAGAGUUAUAAAAGACCUUCUUAGUUAUCUGAUAAGUCACAUCCUGGAUGAUUAACCUAUGAUUCACCACUUUAAUGUCGUUUUUGUCAGUUUGUCUAAGUCGUUAAGACAAACUGUAAACAGUGUUUAUGACAUGCAUGAUGGAAGCCAGGUGAUUAACCUUCAUACUGGCUUUUCAGCAGCCCAGUGUACGAAGUCAUAUUUCUGUUUUUUCCUUCAAAGUGGUUCCAGCGAAAAACCAGUGCUGGUUAGAAACUGAUUUUGUAAAAACACAUGUAGGAACUGAUUUAGUUCUCUGCAGACUUUCUGUAGAGAAACACAGUGUAGAGUCACAGGGUUUUGUCAUUUUUCUUUUUCAAAGAUAUGUUUUAAUGUCAUAAAUAUWCAUUCAUAUUAAUUUCCAAAAAGAACACAAUCUCAUCAUAUCAUGGUCAAAAGUCACAUAAAUAUAAUAAUGUUUAAUAGUAUAGAUAUGGAUGAAUUGAUUCAGGCUGAAUCCCAUUUCACCCCUUCCUUGUUUCAGUUCAGUGGAUUAGGUUGGCCCACUUCUUACAUUUURCAUGUGGUAUCGUCUAUUGUUUGUAUCCAAUCAAAUUAGUUUGGUAAAAGUGAAGCGAUAAGACUGUCAGGCCCUUCAAAUAUAGAUUUUCUAUGGCACAUUUAAAAGAAGGCAAAUGCAAUAUACAGUAUAUUUAAUAUAAUAUAAUUAUUGCAUUUGUCUUUUUUAAUGUAGUAUCCUAAUAUAGUAUAGUAUUGGUAURCAUAUAAAAGAGUAUCCUCAAUAAGCUAAAAAAACAUUUUUUAUUCAUUAAGAACAUUUUAGACACAAUUGUUAUGUCUACCUUGGUUUGUGUCAUAGUGAAAACUUUAACCCAGUGGUUCCCUGCUGAUUAUCCUCAAAGCCCCCCUUUCAUUCAGCUCCUCAUCACUCACUACACCCCACCUCUCCCUAAGAUGCGUUCAGGGCCAAGGAGUAACACUAAGAAAUGGUGAUCAGCCUUACUAACAUCCCUUUUCCUUAUAUUCCUUUAGAUUUUGCAGCAUUUUAUUGCAGACAAUCACCUGUAUCGGAUUUUUUACACUAGACCAUGAAAGAGUUUUAACUCCCUGCAACUCGACUAAUUCUUUCUAUUUUUACUAAGGAUGCUAUGAAAGUCAUUGUAAGAAAAAAAAACCACAUAAUGCAAUUAUGGAAAGUAUUAAAAGUGACAUACUGUUAAUCUGAUGAGUAACGAGAUCAUGCAAUGUACGUUUCUGUAAUUAAGGGUAAAAAAUAUAGGACCAUCUCCUAUAACAAAUGAAAUUUAAUUUAAAUUGGUCUUUAUUUAACAUGAGGCACACUAGCUUUAUUUCUGUGCAGUUAGUUACUAAAUGAAUUUUAAAAUAUUUUAGUACCUGUGAAGCAGGUGUCUGUGAUUUUUUUUUUGUCAACAGUCUUGUGUAAAAGAUGCACCUGAGAGCACACCUCAUCUGUGUGGUUUCAAAUUUCAUAACAAAUUAAUUGGGCCUCUUGUGAAAAACAAGACACCUACUGACUUCUGCUAAUCUAAGGAAGUCACAGAUCAGCUGCUUGGUUGCUUGUUUUGACGGAAUCCUUGACUUAUCUGGUGUAUCUAGUGCAUUUAAAAUGUUUUUGGAGGAGCACAAAGCUGAUGACGUUUCACCAGAAAAAACAGAAAAGAAUAUUGACGCAACUGAAUGUAGGUUUAAGGCUAGCUCUACUGUCUGAUGUUUAUGUUUGCUUCUUUAUUGGUCCGCUAACUUUUCAAAGACAAUGAUCUCAGCAGGAUCAGCCAAGAUUUUUUUUAAAAUCACAAAAUAAAGACAUUCACAAGUUAGACAAAGAUGUGUACUUGUACACGUAUGCUCAAGAUGAAUAUUAAACAGCGGAAACCUCCAAGGGUCUCUCAAAAAUAACAAUAAUAUAUACAGUAUAUAUAUUAACCACAACUCUAAUAAAAUCCACCUGCAUAAUUGCAUGUUGCUGCAUGGUAAAAAUGUUUUAUUUUAUUAUGUGAKUUUGUCCUCAGUUUUUAGUCAUGAAGUUAUAGCAGUUGUCUGUCUGUUACAGUACUGAAUGUGCACUAUUUUUUAAGCAAAUGGUUUGAACAAUUUUUUGAAGAAAAGUGACUGACAAUGGCCACAUGUGGCCAAUAUCAAUAUUGAUUUACUUUGUAUUGUUUGCACAUCAGUUUAUCCAAAAAAGUAUAUUAAAGUUGAUGAAGUGCCUUUUGUUUCAGCUGAACUGUACCACACAGUUGAAACAUGCAGAGAAAUAUUUACCCAGAUGUACAGUGCGUAAGUGUACUUUUUGUUACUUUUUUUUUGUAGAAAGUGUAUGACUUGACAACAGAUGUUCUUUGAACAUCCGGACCAAUUGAAACAAUUUACAUAAACUUAUACAUGUUGAUUAUUUUUACCUUGACGCCAUGUCAAUAAAAAAACAUGAAACAAAUAAAAAAUUCUGGCUGUUA